AUGGCAGCAUCAUCAGCAUCAGCAGUAGUGGCAGAGAAUGGCGGCAGCGGCAGCAGCGAACUGUGGAAGGCGGUGGCGGCGAGGGAGGAGGAUUUGGGUGAGGUGGCGGCCAGGCUGAAGGACUGCAUGGGAUGGGGCGGGGCCGGGCUCGAGGCCGUGGGCGAAGAUGGGACGACCCCGCUGCAGAAGGCGGCCAGCUUUGGGCGCAGCGCGUCGGUGCAUCUCCUGCUGAGCCAGGGCGCCGACCCCAACAAGCCCUCGCCGUCUGAAAUCUACACCGGCUACUCGGCCCUGCACUACGCCUGCGGGCGUGUGGGUCAGGAGGACUGCAUGCGCACCCUGCUCGCCGACUCUCGCACGAACGUCAACGCGCGCAAUGCCAAGGGCCAAACCGCGCUGAGCGUGGCGUGCGCGCACGGCUCGCCGGGCAUGGCCCAGCUGCUGCUCGCCCACCCCGGCAUCGACAAGCGCGCCACCGACAACGACGGCGUGAGCGUGCUGAUGCUGGUGGCGGCGACCGGGCGCGACCAGUUCCUCGACGUGCUGCUGCAGGACCCGGAGAUCCGCGCCACCAUCAACGACGCCGACAAACACGGCGACACCGCCCUGCACCACGCCUUCCAAAGUAUUCAAUUGCAGAGAUUUUUCAAGAAUGCGUAUCCGGUGACGCCGGUGCAGGAGGCGCUGGUGUAUCGGCUGGUGCGGGCCGGGGCCGACCUCAACGCGAAGAACAGGGACAAGCUCCCGCCCCGCUACUUUGCCUCGCGCCACUACAAGGCCCUCCUCUCCAGUGUGAGUGCGGUGGUGAGUGCGGGCGGGGAGCUGCCGGAGUCGCUCGAGGGGCUGCUCGAGAGCAGCGGCGCGGAGGGUGGUCUUGCCGGGGUACCGGAGGGCGAGGCGAAGGCGGGCCUGGUCGCGGCGCUGGCCAAGUACCGAUCCGAGCGGGAAGCGGCGCUCGAGGCCCAGGCCAGGAUGGGCGGCUGCCCGUUCGUGCCGCUCCAGCCACGCAAGCGGCCGCCGGCCGGCAGCGACAACGAAGACGAAGACGAAGACGACGAAGAAAGCGAAAGCGAAAGCGAAGACAGUGAGGAGGAAAGCGAAGACGACGAGGAAGAGGGCGACAGCAGCGCCGAGAGCGCAUCGGAGGGCACCGCCGGCGCCGGCGGCUCGCCACCGGUGCCCAGCGCCGCCGCGCCCAGCGGGCACCCCAGCGUCGCCGCCGGCGCCGACAUUAGCGCGUGCCCCUUCUUCCAGAAGCAGAAGGCCGCCACCGCCGCGGCUGCGGCCGCCGUUGCCACGCCCUCCGCUGCUGCGACCACCGAGACUCAGUCGAGGCCCACGACCCCGGCGGAGGCGGUCAAGCCGGCUGCGGGCAAGUGCCCGAUUCCGUUCCACCACGAACUGGCGGACCGGCGGAACUGGGCCUUCCUCGCCAUUCUCAUCGUCGCCGUCAUCCUCGCCCGCCUUCUCUAG